AUGCCUCACAACGCACAAGAAUACUACCUUGACAGGCUCCACGACCUGCCCUCUAUCAACCACACUAGAACAAAGAAUGCUCAAGCAUGGAAGAAUCUCUUGGCUGAGCAAGAAUAUGUCGAGAGAGAGUUCCUUCUUUCCAAGGCCAAGAUCACAUCCUCGAAGGUAAACCGUCUUUGUGUGUUUGCCUUGAAGAAAAGGGACUCUGACACUGUUGUCAGCUCCAUGGAGGUGUUGAUCAGGCAGGCCUGGCGCUUCAAGAUGGAGGAUGGCUCUGUUUCGAUGAUCCCAGUGUUGAGUGGCUGCAUUGGCGCCGUCUACACUUACCCAGAGUACAGGGGCAAUGGGUUUGCCGCCUUGAUGGUGAGCAAGUUCAUGGAGGAGAUGAGAAGAGAUGAGUACCUCGGUACUGGUGGCUUCACGUUCCUUUACUCCGAGAUUGGCGAGUACUACGCUAACCAUGGUUUUAAAUCGUUUGGUGUGCCAAUUGCCAAGAUCCCUCUUCAACCAUCUACACAGUUCAAACUCCCUCAAGGUGCCUCCCUCGUGGAGUACCACAACUUUGAGUACCUCUUUGCCCAUUAUAGAGACCACUUUGCUUCUGAAAUGAGCGCCAAGGUUAGUCAGGACGGCAUUGAGCGUAUCACUGUGGUGCCCACUGCUGACUUCGUGGACUGGUUCCACUUGCGGGCCAAGUUCCUUUCCACGCGGAUCUUCGGCUCUAAAGGCACCAACUUUGACGUCUGGACCGACUCUUACGAGCACAUUGUGGGCAAAUUGCAAGACGUUACACCUAAAUACUUUGGCUUGCGCCUUGACUGCCCCACUUCAGGCAAGCUUAUCGGCUUCAUUGUGUGGACAUACGACUACGACUACUCCAAGGAAGACGAGCACUUCCACAACCACGCAACGGUGCUUAAGAUUCAUGUGAACACCCCAGCGUUUGAUAGAGAUACAUAUACUUUGCAGCUUCUUGAGCUCGCCAAGCAGUACUUAGAACUGCCCCAUGAGGAAGAACCCUUAAAGAAUUUCACUCAGUUGAUCGUGUGGGAAUCAGAGCUCUCUGAGCAUGUACAGCACGAGCUUGUCAAGAAACACGGUGCCGACUUGCACUUAGAUAACUCUUCUAGAAGUGCUAUCAUGUACAACAACGAUGCUGACGACGAGAAGUUGAAGCUGGGCCAAAUGGUUUGGGAGAACAACACAAAGCUUCCCUGGUUUUAG